GGAUGGGGCUUGGGUGGCAACCGUAACUAGGGAGCCGGUGGAGGUGAAAGCGGCGGCCGACUGCUGGAGGCUCGGAGGUGGCGGAGGGGUCCAGGAGGCGGAACGACCCCGGCCUUUGAGGACGGGGUGGGCACGCUCUAGGAAACUCCACAGAGAAGAAUGUCAGAUGCAGAGGAAAACCCACUAGAAGAAACAGAAGAUGGAGAAACAGAAAUGGAAGAAGAAGAAGAAGAAGCAGAAGGAGAAGAAGAGAAGCCAAAUUAUAAAGAAGUAGAAAAUAUGCAACAGGAAUCAAAAGAAGAUGACACAUUAGCAUGGAGAGAGUCUCAGGAGGAGGAGAAAGAGGAGGAAGAAUGGGAGGAGGAAGAGGAGGAGGAGGAAGAGGAGGAGGAGGAGGAGGCUGUCAGAGAAGAAACGGAGGAAAAGGCUGGAGCAGCACAGGAGGAGGUGGCUGCAGGAGUAGAGGAAGAAACCACAGUGAAGCCCCAGGAAAUCGCCAAGUCCGUGAUCAGUUUGGAGAGACUUAGACCGACUGCUUCCCAGUCAGUCCUGUCAGGAACUUUCUCAAAAACCCAUAGUGGUAGCGAGUCAAAGCAUUCUUUACAAGCAGAGCGUUCGGAAACAAAUGAGCUUUCAGGCAUCACAAGCUCACAAUUAAAAUUUCUUGAUUUGGAUCAAAUCAGUUCAGAGGAACAACUCAUCAGUUACCCUGAAGGGCAGCCCUCAAGCGAACUUGGGGAGAAGACCGACCAGAUACCCCAAGUUGAAUGGGGACAAGAAAGGAGAGACUCGCAACCGGAAAUGGGAGACUUGGAGGUGGAAAAGGGAGGAAAGAUACAAGAAGAAAGAGUAUCGCACGCAAAUGAAGGAAAAGAAGAAAAGUCCCCUCCCAAAGCAGGGAGCCCAAAGGAUUCACUGGUGGCCACCACCACCGAGGACAUCUUGUUUCAACAGGGUGACAGUGCCAAUGUGUAUCCCUUGACCAUGACUUGGUCAUUUGGAUGGAACAGUUCUCUUCCUGUUUACUAUAUUCGAGAUGAAAACCAGAGAGUUCUUCUGUAUGUCUGUGCUCACACUGCGAUCAUCUACAACGUUUCCAAGAAUGAUCAGCACCACCUUCAGGGCCACCCUAACGUGAUCUCCUGCCUCUGCAUCAGCGAAGACAGGCGGUGGAUCGCCACAGCGGACAAAGGGCCCGAAUGCCUGGUAAUCAUCUGGGACUCCUUCACAGGUAUUCCUGUGCACACGAUAUUUGACAGCUGCCCAGAAGGUAACGGGAUCAGGGCCAUAGCCAUCACCCCCGAUGCCAAGUAUCUGGCAACCAUCUCAGAUGCUGAAAUCCAGAAAGUUUGCAUCUGGAGGUGGACUUUGGCAGCGGAAACGCCGGCGUGUAGUCUCGAUCUUCCCAAAGAGUAUGGUUUUCAGAACUACCUUACUUUUAAUCCAACAAAUAAUAGAGAAUUGGUGAGCAAUAGUAAAACACAGGUGAUAUAUUAUUUGUGGUAUGAAGAGAGACAUAUACUUGCUCACAGUGCCCCACUUUUAACAGAAAAAACAUUCAACAAGCUUGUGGGAAAAUUUAGCCAGUCCAUCUUUCAUUUGAAUUUAACACAAAUACUGUCAGCAACAAUGGAAGGGAAGCUGGUUGUCUGGGACAUAUACCGCCCGCCAUCAUCCGCCUCCACCUCUUCGGACUUAGCCUAUAUCAAACCUUGUAAACUGGUUCAUUUGCAGAGAGAGGGCAUCACUGUGCUUACUACAGUGGAUAGCUACAUCGUCACAGGUGACAUUAAGGGUAACAUUAAGUUCUAUGAUCAAACCCUGUCCAUUGUUAACUGGUACAGCCACUUCAAGUUGAGCUCCAUAAGAACCCUGUCCUUUUCAAAGACCCCAGCAACUCCUCCCACAGAAAAAUCAAGCUAUCUUCCAGACUGCACUUUAAAAGGUGACCUUUUUGUUGUGAGGAAUUUUAUCAUUGCAACAUCUGAUGCGACAGUGUACCACUUAACAACAGAUGGGACCAAACUUGAGACGUUAUUUGUAGAGCCCAAGAACGCCAUUUGUGCCAUCUCCUGCCACCCGUAUCAACCCCUCAUCGCCAUUGGAAGCUUCUGUGGGAUGAUCAAAGUGUGGGAUUAUGAAAAGAAAAAAUACCUUUUCAGCAGGGUCUUUGGGAAGAGACUUGGAGUCCAGAGUCUGACCUACAACCCCGAAGGGGUCCUUCUUGGAGCUGGCUUCACGGAGGGGACAGUUUACAUUCUCGAUGCCAUGUCCUUAGAAAACGAAAUCCCAGAGCCUUUCAAAUAUUCCAGAAACAGCGUGACUCAUAUCAGCUUCUCCCAUGACUCCCAGUAUAUGGCAACUGCUGAUGUAAAUUUUACUGUGGCCGUUUACAGGGUGGUAGUCAGACACGGCCAAAGGGUCUGGGAAUAUCUGGCUAGACUUCGUUCUCAUCGCAAAAGCAUCCAGAGCCUCCUGUUCGGGCUUCACCUGGACAUCAACGAGCCUCGACUGCUGAGCCUCGGCAAAGACAGGCUCCUGAUCGAGUAUAAUCUUGUCAAGAGCUACAAAGACCACCUGGAAGUCCUGGACAUUCACCGAACCGACCAGGGCGACUACCCCACCUGCAUGGUCUGGUACCCACCACUCACCAAGGAACUCUUCCUACUCAUUUGCAACAGUGGCUACAAAGUGAAGCUUUUUAAUUCUUCCACAAAAAUGUGCAGAAAGACACUUCUUGGGCCAGUUUACGGUUCUCCCAUUGAGCAGACACAGGUCCUCCCAGUGAAAACCACUAUGGAUCUGCAGAAACGCUACCUCGUGUUUAUUAAUAGAGACAAGGUUGGACUUCAGAUCUUACCAGUUGAUGGCAAUCCACAUAAGACAUCUGCUAUUAUAUGCCACCCAAGCGGGGUGGCUGGAAUGGCCCUUUCCUGUGACGGCCGCUAUGCCUUCACUUCAGGAGGACAGGACCGAUCGGUGGUACAGUGGGAAAUCAACUUAAGUGCCCUGGAGGCGGCAGUUUCUCUUGGGGGCGAAAACUUGACCCCGUUCUAUGGUCUGGUGUCUGGUGGCAGGGAAGGAAAAUUCUACCGGGAGCUGGAAGACUAUUUUUACUAUUCCCAGCUUCGUAGUCAAGGUAUCGAUACAAUGGAGACCAGAAAGGUGUCGGAACACAUCUGCCUGUCGGAGCUUCCUUUUGUCAUGAGAGCAAUUGGCUUUUACCCAUCGGAAGAGAAGAUUGAAGAUAUGUUUAACGAAAUCAAAUUUGGUGAAUAUGUGGACACUGGAAAGCUAAUUGACAAAAUCAACUUACCAGAUUUCCUCAAAGUUUACCUUAAUCACAGGCCACCUUUCGGUAACACUAUGAGUGGCAUCCAACGGAGCUUUAACAUUCUGGGUUUUACCAAUUCAAAUGGAAAAAAGGCUAUUCGAAGAGAGGAUUUCCUGAAACUGCUUCUAACUAAAGGUGAGCACAUGACGGAAGAGGAGAUGUCCGAUUGCUUUGCUUCGCUGUUUGGACUGAACCCUGAGGGGUGGAAAUCCGAGCCUGCAGCCUCCUCUGUCACAGGUUCAGAAAUCUGCUUUGAAGAAGAACUUCCAGACGAAAUCACUGCAGAAAUAUUCACGACUGAAAUUCUUGGCUUAACUGUCUCAGAAGAUUUCAGACAAGAUCCCGUGGUCGGUACAGUCAUAAGGAAUGUUUGACGCGCACAGGACUCUGUGUGUGUGUGUUUUUUCCCCAAGAGGCACUGCUUUUCCCACAUUUUCCUGUCCCCACUCUAAUCUUGAGAACAUUUAGACAUUAAAAGCAAAUUUCUAUUAA